AUGCCCAUCCGUGUUGAUGAUGUGAUGCAACUGUUCUGCCGUCUCUCUCAGGCGAAGGGGAUGGAAGCUGCUGUCAAACACUCUGGUCGAGGAGCCCUGCUGGCGGGUGCAACAGCAUUUGUUGGGGGUCUGAUGGGAGGUCCGCCUGGAAUCGCUGUAGGAGGAGCAGUUGGUGGCUUGCUUGGUGCCUGGAUGGCUACCGGACAGUUCAGGCCGGUCCCUCAGAUUUUGUUGGAAUUGCCUCCUGCUGAGCAGCAGAAGCUCUAUGAUGAAGCUGUUACUAUUCUCAGGCACUUAGACUGGGCUGAUAUUGUUCAGCUGACUGCUCUUGUAAUGGGAAAUGCUGAUCUCCAGCAGAGGUUGACAGGAAUGCUGAGAAAAUACCUCACCAAAAAGCUAGGACUAAAGAUAAGGUGCCAAAUUCUGAAAUUUGAGGAAGAAGGCAGCCCUGUACUGGUCAGCCAGCAGCUGGCAGCAGCGGUGGUGGUGGUGUGGGGUGACAUGCUGGCUGCAGUUAACACUGUAAGCCCCAAAUGCAAGGUUACCAGAUAUCCCAACCAGUUGUUCAGCAUUUGUUUCCAGGCGCUUGUAAGACAAGUUCAGAUGUGGCUGUCCACCGCUGCAUCCCUUGUUGGUAUUGGAAACAGCCGCAGGCAGGGGCUGGCAUCUUCUGAAAUCCAUUCCAGCUGCAUACCGUCCAGGCUGAGCGUAAGGCACAGCUAUCGCCUAGGAAACGAGUCACUGCCACAGCGCAGGCUUCCUGAAGGUCCCAUUCCCAACAGCAUCGCAGAGGCUCCCAGGCUUGGUCCUCUGGAGGAGCACGAGAACUGCAAAAGAGACCUUGAAGUAAGGAUGACAGCAAUUUGA